AUGCUGUCGUAUCGAACCUACAACUCUGAGGACCAUCGGCACCGUGUCCUGAUCGAUAGUAAAUGGUACCGCUGCCGGCAAGGGCAUGAGCUGCGCACGCUGGGUUUGCCAUAUUUGGGGGUGACCUGCAGCCUUUGUGGUCGUGUCCUACCUCCCGGCAGUUGCCUUCAUAGCUGUCCGCUGUGUUCAUGGGAUGCAUGCACGGAUUGCUUGCAACGACCAGACUCAGCGCGGAGUUUACAGCUCCUCCCUGAUUGCCCCAUCUGUGGAGACCCCAUGGAGUGGAGUGACUAUCGAGGGGGCCACUACACAAACGGCUGGGCUUGCAACAACAAGUGCGGCUCUAGGCGAUUAAACUCCGGUUUGUGGAGAUGGUUCUGCCUGAAAUGCGGUGCGGAUGUAUGUGACCAAUGUCACCGUCACAAGGUGCAUCGAGAGAGAGAAGGCGGUUUGCGAGAGAGCCCCCGAAGCUUGGAGAUUGGUGUUCAAUUUCUCGAGCUUUGUAAAGACCAUCAGUGGGAGAAGGUGAAGAAGAUCCUGUCUGAGCGGCCGAACCUGGUGAACUGCGAAGUUGAAGGACGCUGGUCGGCUCUCCACUAUGCAGCGAGAGCUGGUCAUCCACAGAUGGUGCAGUUCCUGCUGGACCUCAGCGCUGACGCUACCAGCUUUGCCGGUGAUGGCAAGACUCCCUUGGAGGUGGCCAAGGAGCACGACAUUCGAAGUCUGCUGAUGCGUUCCUCCUUUCUGCAGCCGGCCAUGACCAUCUUCGAGCACUACGAUGCUGAAGGGACUGGCGCCAUUGAUGGGAUGGAGCUGGGCUGGGUGAUCAAAUCGGUGCAGCCGGAGCUCUCGGAUGCCGAGGUGCAGGAGAUGUUCGCAAGCUGUGACACCAAUCACAACGGUGAGAUUGACUUCAUCGAGUUUGUGAUGUGGUUGUUUGCUGGGCGUGGCAAGACCUUUGCACAGGACAUUUUGGCCAGUGCGAAGAACUUGAGCAGUAGCAGUGGGGUUGGAAAGCGUGCUAUGCAGCUGAAAGCAGUGUUGGCUGCCCGCGCUGGCCUGGAUCCAUCUGUAUAUACGAAUCCGGACUUCGCCUCCAUGCCGAAGAUGGCCCACCAUCCACCGCGGGACGAAAGUUGCUGA